GUCCAGACCGCACUGGAAGACAGUGAGAGCAGAGCAAAGGCUCAGGACCCAAGACCCAGCCCCUCACUUAUCUUCUCCUGGAAGCCAAGGACAGGCAGUUGCCCAGGAAGGCUCCUCCAAGUUUCCUGUUAACCUAUCUUGAGCAUGGAGCGAUCCGGGAGGGAACUGUGUCUCAACUUUACCGUGGUCCUCAUAACUGUGAUCCUUAUGUGGCUUCUGGUGAGAUCAUAUCAAUACUAAGAAGAUGAAGCUGGAGAUCCUGAGCUUGACCAGCACAGAAGAACGCUCAAGAACACGGGAGCUCUCCUGUAGUGCAAUAUGCCUUGGGAUGCCCUUGCCUGCAAUUACUUAUACCUGGAUAUAGCUAGGAUAGGAUGAGGGUUUUCCCUUUGCAGAAUCAUCUUUGUCCUGUGCUAAUGCUAUGUUUUUGGGCUCUAGUUCUGUGAUCCCAUGCUUCUGUGAUCAAUUCUGUGGCAAUGUGAUUUUAUGUUUUCCCAAAAUUCCUUUGUCAAAAGUUUGGCCAAAGUUGUUUUCAAGUGGGCAUUGGACAUGUUUCCUGACACUGCAGAUGUUAAUAAAACCACCUGUUUGAAAUGGGGAUCAUUGUGAAACAGGAUUGAACCAUGUGCUGUCUCCAUCCCUCCAUAGCUCCCUAUUUGUCAGCCCUUCUGCCAGCCUCUCUCCUCAAUGUUGUUUCUAAAUUGAAUUAAAAAUCAACUCUCUGGUAGAAAGAAAUGUGAUGUAAUUAGUCACUAUGGCUG